UAUUUUACGGCGUCCCGACUUAUAAAACGGUGUUUUUGCGUGAAUUUUAAACCAGAUGCAUGGUAAAUGUAGAGAUUUGUGGCACUUUUGGCUUGCCAUACAGCAGGAUCGAGCCUGUAAUGAGCAUGCGUGGUUUUGCUGUCUGGAGUAGUUGUGCACGGACCACGUUACUGUCGAUCGUUUUAGGCUUCUGUCAUAUUUCAUGUCUAAAGCUCGCUAGCUUGACCACAGGCAAUGCAGCCAGAAGCACUUCCGCCGUGUUUUGGGGUCAUAUCUGAGCCUCUAACUGCUCAGUAACUGCUCCAGGAUGAUCUGCAGCAGGAUGAGAGGCUAACAACAGACAUGUGGACACCGCAGGGCGAACACCAGCAGCAGGCAGCAGUGGGAGAGAUUUCCGGAGCAGCUAACAAAGAGGAGCGGUCUCGUUUGGAACAAAAUAAGCUGCAUCACAAAACCGUGGAGGCUGUUUUCAACCCCCGAGUUCUGAUGCACAGAUUAGAUGUUCAGCAGAUGCUGUUGGUUAAAGAUGAUGCUCCAAAAGACCAGAGUUCUGGUGUUGACCUCCAGGACCCAAAGCCCUUCCACAUAAAGGAGGAACAGGAGGAGGUCUGCACCAGUCUGGAGGUAGAGCAACUCCGUAGGAGGGAGACCAAUGUCAUCAGAUUUCCAGUCCUUGAUUCUCCCAUAAAGACCGAGGAUGAUGAAGAGUUCCCUCUAUUCUCACAGCUUCAACAACCUAUAAAGGUAGACAGAUAUUUUCCCAAAAAAGAUGGUGGCGCAGCAGAAUUAACAAGGAAUCAAGACUGUGGAGAUGCUACCAACUCCUCGGGAACUGAAGUACAUGGAGAUGAUGAAGAGGAUGAUGAUACAGAACAGAAGCCUUUUUGCUGUGAUCUUUGUGGAAAAAGAUUUGAUAAAAAAUACAUAUUAAACAGACACAAGAGGAUCCACACAGUCGAGAAACCUUUCUGUUGUGAUGUUUGUGGGCGCAGAUUUAACCUAAAGAAAUAUUUAAACGACCACAUGAGAACCCACACAGCCGAGAAACGUUUUUGUUGUGAUCUUUGUGGAAAAACAUUUAGCCAUAAAGUAACAUUAACCAGACAUGCAUUAAUACACACAAGUGAAAAACCAUUUUGCUGUGAAAUUUGUGGAAAAAAAUUUAAUCUAAAGUCAACAUUAACCUAUCAUAAGAGGAUUCACACAGGUGAGAAACCGUUUUGUUGUCAUCAAUGUGGGAAAAGAUUUAAUCAUAGUUCACACUUGAGCAGACACAGGAGGAUCCACAUAGAUGAGAAACCUUAUGGUUGUCAUGUUUGUGAACAAAACUUUAAUGAAAAAUCCAUGUUAGAUGCACACAUAAGAAUCCACACAGGACAGAAACCUUUUCCCUGUGAUAUUUGUGGAAAUGAAUUUCGCAUAAAGAAAUAUUUAAAUGAACACAUGAAAACCCACACAGGUGAGAAACGUUUUUGUUGUGAUCUUUGUGGAAAAACAUUUUGCCAUAAAGUAACAUUAAACAGACAUUCGAUAAUACACACAGGUGAAAAACCCUUUCGUUGUGAUAUUUGUGGAAAAAUAUUUAAUCUGAAAUCAACAUUAAACAGUCACAGGAGGAUCCACACGGGUGAGAAACCCUUUUGUUGUGAUCAUUGUGGAAAAAGAUUUAAUCAUUCCUCACACUUGAGCAGGCAUAGGCGGAUCCAUACAGACGAAAAACCAUAUGGCUGUCAUGUUUGUAGACAAAACUUUAAUCAGAAAUCAUCGUUAAAUGCACACAUUAAAAUCCACACAGGGCAGAAGCUUUUCUCCUGUGAUAUUUGUGGACACAGAUUUUGUCUAAAGAGAUUUUUAAAUGAACACAUGAGAACCCACCCAGGCGAGAAACCUUUAUGUUGUGAUAUUUGUGGAAAACGACUUAGUCAAAAACCAACAUUAAGACAACACAGGAAGAUCCACACAGAUGAGAAACCUUAUGGCUGUCAUGUUUGUGGACAUACAUUUAAUCAAAAAUCAUCAUUUAAAAACAUGUAAGAACCCACACAGGACAGAAACGUUUCCCCUGUGAUAUUUGUGGAAAAAGAUUAAAUCAAAAACAAACAUUAAACAAACACUUGAGCAUUCACAUUGAAGGGAAAACGUCAGCAAUGAAAAAUCAGUAACACUUGUGGGUGCUCAGUAGUGGACACUGAAAUAAACCUGCACAAUUGCAGAGUUGUGAAAUAUUUUUGUUAACAUAAAAUGUUUUACCUGUUUGGAAUGAGCCUAUAAGCGUAAGAGAAAUGACUAUACCUGACCCCUUACCACAAAUGCAGUUAUAAUCAUAAGAAAGACUUUUCCCUUUUUUUAAAACCUUUUUUUUUUUUUCGGUCUAAACGCAGUUGUAUAAAAACAUCAUAUUCACAUAACCUCGGGGAGCUGGCUAGAGGGCGGUUUUCUGUCUAAGGUGCUAAAGCUAGUUGCCUGAACACACAAGUAGCCCAAACUUUUUUUUUUUUUAACAUGGCAUUGAUUUCGUCUGUUGUUUUGUUUCUAACUUCUAGCACAUCUGUAUUUCAGCUAGCAUACUUUUGGUCACACACAUCCAGAUAUACGCUUUAUUGUGAUAUUGCUGCAAUGAGAAUGAUUUUGUUUUGCAAAUGAGCUUUUGUUUUUGUAGUUUUAUUUGAAAUGUAUAAGUUUAUUGAAAGUCAGCGAUAAGUGAGUCAAGUAUUUUAACUGUAAAGUUUUGGAAUUGUUAAUAAAUUUUGAUGUAAUUUAAA